GGCGGCGGGCACGGGCGGCACGAGCAGGUGGGAGCCGCCGAGGGGCGAGGCCGCCCGCGGGGGCGCCAGGCGGCGGGCACUGCACCGCGCCCCUGUCCGCGGUGCGCGCUCGCGGUGCGCACCGGGCGUCCUCGACUCUCGCGCGCCUACCCUGCUCCGGCCCUACCUGCGGCGGCCGUCCGGGGCGCGGAGCCCCCAGCGCUGCCGAGCCGCAUGAACAAUAGGCGGCGGCGGCUCCCGCGGGCGGCCGCCCCGCACCCUAUGGACCGGCCGCUCCAUGGAGUCCUCCAGAUCGCUUCUCGGCUGCCUGGCGAGCGCCGCUGCGGCCCCGCCGGGGGAGGAUGCCACCGGUGCUGGGGCCGAAGAGGAGGAAGACGAAGAGGAGGCGGCGGCCGAGCUGGGAUCUCAUGCCACGCUGCCCUACUGGACGGCUGUGUUCGAGUACGAGGCGGCAGGAGAGGACGAGCUGACCCUGCGGCUGGGCGAUGUGGUAGAGGUGCUGUCCAAGGACUCUCAGGUGUCCGGCGAUGAGGGCUGGUGGACCGGACAGCUGAACCAGCGGGUGGGCAUCUUCCCCAGCAACUACGUGACCCCGCGCAGCGCCUUCUCCAGUCGCUGCCAGCCGGGCACGGAGGACCCCAGCUGCUACCCGCCCAUUCAGCUGUUGGAGAUUGAUUUUGCGGAGCUAACCCUGGAGGAGAUCAUCGGCAUUGGAGGCUUUGGGAAAGUCUAUCGUGCUUUCUGGGUAGGUGACGAGGUGGCCGUGAAAGCAGCUCGCCACGACCCUGAUGAGGACAUCAGCCAGACCAUAGAGAAUGUUCGCCAAGAGGCCAAGCUCUUUGCCAUGCUGAAACACCCGAACAUCAUUGCCCUCAGAGGGGUGUGCCUGAAGGAACCCAACCUCUGCUUGGUCAUGGAGUUCGCUCGUGGAGGGCCUCUGAACAGAGUGUUGUCUGGGAAGAGGGUUCCCCCGGACAUCCUGGUGAACUGGGCCGUGCAGAUCGCCAGAGGGAUGAACUACCUACAUGAUGAGGCGAUCGUGCCCGUCAUCCACCGAGACCUUAAGUCCAGCAACAUACUGAUCCUGCAGAAAGUGGAGAAUGGAGACCUGAGUAACAAGACUCUGAAGAUCACUGACUUCGGGCUGGCACGGGAAUGGCACCGGACCACCAAGAUGAGUGCGGCGGGGACAUACGCUUGGAUGGCGCCUGAAGUCAUCCGCGCUUCCAUGUUUUCCAAGGGCAGCGAUGUGUGGAGCUAUGGAGUACUGCUCUGGGAACUGUUGACUGGCGAGGUGCCCUUCCGGGGCAUUGAUGGCUUAGCAGUGGCUUACGGUGUGGCAAUGAACAAGCUCGCCCUUCCUAUCCCUUCUACCUGCCCAGAGCCUUUUGCCAAACUCAUGGAAGACUGCUGGAAUCCUGACCCCCACUCACGUCCAUCUUUCUCUAGUAUCCUGGACCAGCUAACGACUAUAGAAGAGUCUGGUUUCUUUGAGAUGCCCAAGGACUCCUUCCACUGCCUGCAGGAUGACUGGAAACAUGAGAUUCAGGAGAUGUUUGACCAACUCAGGGCCAAAGAAAAGGAGCUUCGAACCUGGGAAGAAGAGCUGACCCGGGCUGCGCUCCAGCAGAAGAAUCAGGAGGAGCUGCUUCGGCGUAGGGAGCAGGAGCUGGCUGAGCGGGAGAUCGACAUCCUGGAACGAGAGCUCAACAUCAUCAUCCACCAGCUGUGCCAGGAAAAGCCCCGGGUGAAGAAACGCAAGGGCAAGUUCAGGAAGAGCCGACUGAAGCUCAAGGACGGCAACCGCAUCAGCCUUCCCUCGGAUUUCCAGCACAAGUUCACGGUGCAGGCCUCCCCGACCAUGGAUAAAAGGAAGAGUUUGAUCAGCAACCGAUCGAGUCCUCCUGCAAGCCCCACCAUCAUCCCUCGCCUUCGAGCCAUUCAGUUGACACCAGGUGAAAGUAGUAAAACCUGGGGCCGGAGCUCAGUUGUUCCAAAAGAGGAAGGGGAAGAAGAGGAGAAGAGGGCCCCAAAGAAGAAAGGCCGGACGUGGGGACCAGGGACGCUUGGACAGAAGGAGCUCACGUCAGGAGAUGAAGGAGUGAAUGGCUUUGGAAGCUUAAGCAUGCGAGAUAGAAGCUUGGAAGGAGAAGCUGAGAGACAUUAUGAGUGGAGUGGCCGGGGCCAUUUCUGCUGGUUCAUCUGCCCCAUGCUUGCCUUGCACUGCAGCCUCAAGUCCCUGGUAGACGGAUACAAGCAGUGGUCAUCCAGUGCCCCCAACCUGGGGAAGGGCCCGAGGAGUAGCCCUGCCCUGCCCGGGUUCACCAGCCUUAUGGAGAUAGAGGAUGAGGAUAGUGAAGGCCCAGGAAGCGGAGAGAAUCAUCUACAGCAUUCACCCAACCAGUCCUACCUCUGUAUCCCAUUUCCUCGUGGGGAGGAUGGGGAUGGCCCCUCCAGUGAUGGAAUUCAUGAGGAACCCACCCCAGUCAACUCAGCUACCAGUACCCCUCAGCUGACGCCAACUAACAGCCUCAAGCGCAGCGGGACCCACCACCGGCGCUGCGAGGUCGCUCUGCUCGGAUGUGGAGCUGUUCUGGCAGCCACAGGCCUGGGGUUUGACUUGCUGGAAGCUGGCAAGUGCCAGUUGCUUCCCCCAGAGGAACCUGAGCCACCAGCCCGGGAGGAAAAGAAGAGGCGAGAGGGUCUUUUCCAAAGGGCCAGUCGCCCUCGUCGGAGUACCAGCCCGCCCUCCCGAAAGCUCUUUAAGAAGGAAGAGCCGAUGACGUUGCUAGGAGACCCCUCUGCCUCCUUGACACUGCUGUCUCUCUCCUCCAUCUCUGAAUGCAACUCUACUCGCUCCCUACUGCGCUCUGACAGUGAUGAGAUCGUGGUGUAUGAAAUGCCAGUCAGCCCAGUUGAAGCUCCACCCCUAACCCAGUGCACCCAGAACCCCCUGGUUAAUGUCCGAGUGGAGCGCUUCAAGAGAGACCCCAACCAGUCCCUGACUCCCACCCACGUCACCCUCACAGCCCCCACACAGCCUAGUGGUCACAGGCGGACUCCUUCUGAUGGGGCACUUAAACCAGCAUCAGUGCCCCCAGCCCUGGGCAGCAGAAGCCCCUCCAGCAAUGGAGUGAGCCCUGGUCCUGGAGCAGGCAUGUUGAAAACCCCCAGUCCCAGCCGAGACCCAGGCGAAUUUCCCCGUCUCCCUGACCCCAACGUGGUCUUUCCCCCAACUCCGAGGCGCUGGAACACACAGCGAGACUCUACCUUAGAGAGACCCAAGACGCUGGAGUUUCUGCCUCGGCCACGUCCUUCUGCCAACCGGCAGCGGCUGGACCCUUGGUGGUUUGUGUCCCCCAGCCAUGCCCGCAGCGCCUCCCCAGCUAAUAGCUCCAGCACAGAGACACCCAGCAACCUGGACUCCUGCUUUGCCAGCAGCAGCAGCACUGUGGAAGAGCGGCCUGGACUCCCAGCCCUGCUCCCCUUACAGGCAGGGCCACUGCCCCCUGCUGAGCGGACACUUCUGGACCUGGACGCUGAGGGGCAGAGCCAGGAUAGCACUGUGCCCCUGUGCAGAGCUGAACUGAAUGCACAUGGGCCUUCUCCAUAUGAGAUCCAACAGGAGUUCUGGUCUUAGUGAAAAAGGGUCAGGGUGGGCAAGGGAGAAGUCGGAGGAGGCAGAGGGAGCUGGCUGGCACAGCCCGGUCUCAGUUAGGCCCCCUGGGAUCCAGACCUCCUCCUUGCACUGAAAAUGCACUUUGAAGACGGAAGGGAUAGCAGCAGGGCCACCGGAGAGUCUCCUGGCCUGCAGUAUCUUUCCUCCAUGUUCACUAGAGGGGCUGUGUCAGCUCUAGCUGUGUGCAUAUGUCCCCACCCUCUGGUCUUCCUCGCCUUUAGGGUGACACAACUGCCUCUUCUCAGCCAACUAGAGUUGUCCCGGGUUCCCUUUGUCAGCCCUGAGUCCUACCUGUUCACACAGCGCUACUGAUGUUCUGUGAUUGAUCUGACUUAUCGUCCUUUCUUCCCACGACUCAGUGUCACCUUUGGUAUUUGACGAGUGUCUUGUGUUCCAAGUCCUUUUGUGCCAGCUGAUGGGUUUAGGUUGGCCUUAUGAAGGCCAAAGGGUUGACAGACCUGGUACUACCACCUGCACGAAUCUCAGUGAGGACUGAGGAUUCAGAGAUGGAGGAGAGGAGGCAGUCGGGAACAAUCCAGUCAGGCUGGGUGGGGAGGCUGAUAGAAGAACCAUGCCUUGGUUUGCUUUGGUUUGGUUUAGGUUUGGGUUUUGGAAACAAAGGCAGACAUCAGCACCCACCGCAGGGCUCCAUCCACCCCUGCUUCAGAUCACGGUUGCACCAGGUUUGAAUGUCAGCAUAUUCAUCUCAGGAAUGGCGUUUGGGAGGCACACUCACUGACCCCGGGUUCCUGAAGCCAGGAACAAUGCCUGCAUUUGUUUGUCAUGUUGGGCUUCCCUUCUUUCCUCCAGUUCCUGGAGUCAGUGUGCUUUAGGUCAUGUGCGAUUCGCAGAUACACCUGAAGUAUGUCAACAUCAUAUGAGGUAGUGUCCUGGACCAUGAGGUAUGGAACUAUGAGGAUUCCUUCAUCCGACUGUCCAUUUUGUGAUGUCCUUGAAGUCAAUGGAAACUUGGUAAUAAUGUUUGGAUGCAGGGAGGCAGCAGUGUGGUACAGUUCCCAAGGCACCCAGUGGGCUGCUGACGCCAUCUCUGUCUCUACACAGAGAGCUUUUGUGCUGGGCCCUAUACCAUGAGCUGGGUAGUAGAGACAAGAAAGGCUAGUGCUGAUGUGUUUAGUAUUUGUUUCUUAAAUGUGAAUAUUGAGCUUCAAAGUGUUUUCACUUAUUUUCGUCACUGUCCACUCCCCCCGAGCCCCUUGUGUUGUAUGUGCACCAUGGCCCUUAUGUGGCAGUGACAGCUUGGUUGAGGUUACAGCCCCCAGUAGUGUUGGAGUCUGUCUGCAGUUCUCUCUGCUGCCGUCUGGAUGCCCAGAGGGUUAGAGCGGCACACAUAGCGCAGGUGACAGAUUUCAUCGUUGCUGUUUCUCUGGGAAGCACAUAUGCGAUGAUGUUGGCUCCCACAAGUUCUUUAUGAGCUCUUUCGCCCUUUGUCUCAACCCUGCACCCCCAGUUACAGACAGGGGAUCAGUACUGAUGGUGUCUGUCAGCCAGAGUUUUGCUAUAAUAUCUGAUCUUCCCUCUUGGUUCUGUGAAAUGAGAAUGAAGAGAUUAGCUUUGCCCCAUACUCAGAUAGGCGAGGGGAGCUCGUGAGCCCCCUCAGUCCCAGCCAACCCAGCGAUGAUGCUCCCCUGUUCCAAGCCACAAUCAUCUGUACACCAGCCCCAAGCAGAGCUUUUUCCUGUAGCCAUCUCCAGGAGAGACAUUGUUAAAGAUGCAGUAUACACUGAGUGGCAACUAUAUGCCAUUGAGUGACAGGUGGAAUCUAGUUCCUCUCCACCCAUCAUUCAGACAGGGGAAGGCUUUGCUGAGGAGAUGAUUGUACCCGGGAGAAGUGAACACAGGACUAUAUAAUCUGCUGCUGGGAGCAUGAGUUACCAUGGGGGAUGUGUGUCUCCUUUAGCUCUUCCAAACCUAUGCAGUGCUGGCCCGCUGCCUGCCACACUGCCGUGCAAGCCUGGAGAUGGGAUGAAUGCUAAGCCGUUACCAUUUGUGUGACAUAGGUUCCCUUGUCUGUGGUCAUGGUUAGGACCAGGCUUGGUGGGUGUGAAUAAACCCACUUACGUGGCAGUGGUUCUCCCUUUCACUUCCCUUUCCUCAAAGACUUGACUGUCUUCUUGGAACGCAUGUCCCUACCUUCAAGAUGCUAACAGGAUUGGAUACUGUUCUUUCCUGUGAGUCUCCUCAGUUCCUGGUGAUAGCCUGGAUCUACAAGGAUAAGCGCUGGCAAGUGAAGCAAGUUCUAGGAAGCUGUUGUGGAUGCUCCUGGUAUUCUCUGACAUUUCUGUGACCUCGUAGACAUCAUCAUUAGGAUAGCCUACAUUUGGACAACUCAGAAUGGGGAUGUUUUUCCUUCUGACCUUUUAAAGUGACAUUAUUUUCUUCAUAUAUGAUACACUUGUCUCAACAGGAAGACAGACAGACACUGUUUGGAUGGUUGGGUCUGGCCACCAGGCUCUGACACCGUACAAGUUGGCCCGCCUCCUCUGUUCUGCUUUUCUUGCAUGACUCUGGUCCUGUGUCUUGAACUCUCUCAGGUUUCCUUCUAAAAGCCUUUAUCAUAUACUUCCCUUGCAAGGGCAUUGAGACACUGUAGCGCCCUGCCAGCUUGAGGGCCAGUCUCUUCCCCUGCAGGAUGAAUAUGUUGGAGCUGGCAGCGUUGUUCUCACCAUCUUUGCCUCUGGGCAUCUUGCCUUAGUUUUGUCCUUUGGCUUCUAGAAGGUGAGUGGUUUGGAGUUGGUUUGACACGAUGAAUGGGCACCCAGGCCAGGCACAUGCUCUUCCACCACAUCAUGUAGCCCAGGUGACUACGUAAUCAUUUUCUAAUCUUCUCCCUACUUAAUCUGUCCAGCUGGGUGUGCUCACCAUUUGUGUCUUGCUGAGGGCCGGGAGCUGGGUGGCAGCAUCUGGAUGGCAGUUUGCUGUCUUUGCUUUUUGAGGAUCAUCCCUAGAGUGUAUUUGGUAAGAAUUUGAAAUCAGGCCAGUUCUGGAAUAAUCUUUGGGAAAAGGGUCCCUAGCAAUGGGACAUCAUGUGUCGGAUGAUGAUGCGCCUCCCUUCACCUCAGGCUGUUGCUCAGGAACACAGACAUUGUGGGGUGUUUAGACCCGACCCUUGCUCCACGCUUUUGCCCCAUGAGAAGGGCCAUUCUUAACUCAUGUCUUCUGCUCAUCUUCUUUCCUCUGCUACCCCACCCACCCCCAUAGCUGGAUCUCCCAUUUGAUGAGCAAGGGCCCACCAAGAUCAAGCUCCUAACAGAGUAAAGAGCAGUGGGCCCUGAAGGCUGGGUGGGCGGCUGCAAGUGUCCAGUGGUGCUCCGCCAUGGAAGCCCCGACUUUUAUCAUGUUUAUUUGAUCGUGUGCCUUUGGAUGGGUGUGUGAGGAGUUGUGCAUUCCGAUAGGUCAGAAGCACACAUCUCUAGAAGCCUGGGAAAGAGGCAGGUCCUACUGUUGGCGAAGUACUGAACUUCCUCUAAGGACUUAAUAGACUGGAAUUAGGGUAGAGGUAAGAGUGGCUCCCAAGGAGUUGUGGGUGGCUAGAACCUGGCAACUUAAGCUGUCCAUUUUCAAGUCAAAGUUUGCCAAUAAUCUGGUCCUCAGAAGCCUGGCUGUGAGCUGGAGAUGAUACUCCUCUGCUUAAAGCCCUUCUAACUUCAAAACCUACAUCUUAGCUAGGUUCAGGGAUCCAUUCCUGGAAGCCCAACCCCUCAGGAGACUGAGGCAGGGCAAUUGAUUCAGCCCCAGGUGUGAUGUCAGUCUGGAGCAACACAGCAAAGUCCUAUUUCUUAAACGUGUGAUGCCAGAACCCCGGCUCCAGCACAGCAACAUUGCUUCCCUUGGUGGAGAAAGUGAGAAUGUCUGUGUGACUGGAGGUCAAAGGCUACAGUUGGCCACUCUAUAUGGCUCAGUCAUAUAUCACCUGUCAUUCAUUGUCCUUGGCUUGGCCUGAGAAUGACUUCCUGUCAUGAUUUAGUUGUUGGAGACUCAUUUCCAGAUGGCAAAACAAUAUUUUCCUAGUUCAAAAAUUGUAAUAAAAUCCACACAUGGAAGGAAAAAGGCCCUUCACCUCAGACUCUGGCAUAGCUGCCUGGAGGCUCACCAUCUCUGGUGCCUAGUUGGAGGGCAGGAAUCAGGAGCUGGGAUGGGUAAUUAAUACACAUCUAACUAGUCUCACCCAGAGCUGGGUUCAUGGUUAGGUUUGCAAGCCAGAUUUUUUUUCAUGAACUUCUAGGUAUUUCCAUUCACCGCCUUUGUCCAUUUCUGGAGGCACCUGGGCCUCCCUAAGCUGCGGGGAGGCACUGGACUGACUUUUCAGAGUACUCGGCUCUGCCCUGGCACUGACUGGUCCUCGAUUUCUUACUGCCUUUGUCCCUGCAUCCUCUCUAAGUCUCAUGUUGGAAAAGAGAAGAUCCUGGGGAUGGUGGGCGCUAACCUGAGCUGUUAGCUCCUUUGGAAACAGGCCUGCCUUGCCGUGCCCUGACUGACCCUCUAACUGCUCUGCCCAGCCCUUGGAUUGUCAGAUGUGAUUGUGGCAGCAAGAUGGUGUCUCAGGAUAGGGAAUGAGAACACAUCUAGAUUUCAAAGGCCAGCCUUUCUUGCUGGGAAGGAGGGGAGCAAGUCCUCUGGUCAGAAUGGCUGUAAGGGAAACCCUGACCUGUGGAGACCCCUUGGAAGUGAAAUGGCGUCCUUUGCACUCACUCAAGAUCACGUUUCAGAUUCUUCACACCUCCAUACCUGCACAGACAACCUUAAGGCUGAGCACCAACAUGUCAUGGAUGUUUUUAUCUGGCAUUUUAGAACGUUACAUUGAAGAAUGGUUUAGCCUUUGGUUGCUUUUUUUUUUUUUUAACCUCCCUUUGAAAUUUGUAUCCAAUGCAAGUGCCUCACUCGCCUCACCCUGGUAUGAGACAGGCCCUACCUGCCUGUCUGCUGGGGCUCCAGAUGGAGUUGUGGCUUUGUGUUUUAUUCUCACUACCACCUCGUACCACAAGUUCUCAGUGCUGCUUGUCAUCCCUGGGAGACCUUGCAUUCAAACACAAGGGGGAAACGCACUGUUCCUAUCAUUGGCCCUGUAGGCAGGGUAACUUGUCCUUCCUUUCUUCGUGUCCUCCAUGUCCUCCGGCUGCCUUUUAGGCUCUCAGAAGCAUUCCUGGAGAAGGAAAGGAGUCCUGCAGAGAGAAGCCUAGAGGUUCUCAACUUAAACUUCUCUGGGAAUUCUAGAAGUAAAUAGACCUCAUUCAUCUGUCCUGGGUCUGAGGAAUGAGUCAAUGGAAGAAUGGAAGCUCUCCUGCUUCCUGUAUGUUAAGCCUUGUGACCGCCCCCCCGCCACACACACAGAGCAAACCUUCACACCGUGCACUAAGGUUAGGCUCACUGCCAUUAUUUCCCACCUUAACGAUCUUGUUGCUCAUGCCGUCUUUUUCUACCUCCAGCUCCAAGGCCACGUCUGCUGUGGCUUAUUAUUUCUUUUAUGAUCAUCAAUACUAUGGACGGGGUCUCAUGUAACCCAGACAGGCCUCAAACUUGCUAUAUAGCUAAGGAUGACCUUGUACCAUGGGUCCUCCUGCCUCCACUUGCCAGAGGCUAAGAUUACAGGUGUAUAACACAGCUUUCCUUAUUACUCUAAGAAUGAGAUGAGGGCUUAUCCUGGCCCAGGGGGGGAACUGAACAACAAACUUUAAGAAACGACUACUAAGUCUUCCACCUAAGGAGCUUCUGUCCGGAACUGUAUGUGUGUGUAUUUUGUGACUCCUUACAGCACUCCCCAGAGUUGGUGGGUAUCACCUGCAUCCAAGAAUGUGUGGACAGACUUGGGGUGUUUGUACUGCGUACCUACAGUCACAGAUCUGGAAAGCAAGUUGCUGAUCUCUCUGCUCUAGCCUGUGAACGCAUUUCUAGACCAUGGUUGAAGAGCAUUUGAGGUGAAAUUAACCCAUCCUGGGUCCACGUAGGUUCUGAAAUCACCCUUCCCAAGGAGUUGUGUUCUCUGACUGAACUGUGAUCUCCCCGAGCCCAGCAAGCCUCAUUAUUGCUGUGGUAGCUUUCUCCUUCACCUUUCUCAGUUCUGCAGGGAUUUUGAUCUCCCUGGGAUGACUGUCUGCCCUGUAGAUCCCCUCCCUCCCAGCACCAAGAAGUUCCUGGGUCUCUGCUGUCCCACUUGGAGCUUCCUCAUAGUGCUCCUCCACCUUGCUUCCUUCCCAGUUCUUGGAGCUUGGGAGCUUGUUUCAGCUCCUGUCUUCUAGGGAGUUGAGGAUGUUGUCCUUUUGUCGCCUUGAGCCUUGGUACCCAGCUAGCAAAGCAGGGAAGUGUUGAACUCACUAAUGUUCUGCUUCCCCCGGCCCCUGUUCCUCACGUUUGUCCACAGCAAGGCCGCCACAGAGAGCGGUCUGAGGCUCUGUUCAAGGUCUCAAGGAGAGGCAUUGAAUAGGCCCUACUUUUCUGAAAAGCUGUCUUUGGGGCUUUCUCCUGUAAGGGCCCUCGAGUCUACAAGGUAAGGUGAAAGUUGUUUGUUUUGUCGUUCAGUAUUUAACUACAAGCUUCCUUUUCUGCGCCAGUGUCUUCUUUGUGAGUCCCUCCUUGAGCCCCUGUUUGCUUUGGAAUUUAAAUUAUUGUGUGUUGUCAGAAGUAUUUAAAGAUAGAAGAGUCCUGAAGGAAGCUUAUUAUCAGGUUCUUUUCUUUGGCCUUUUCUCUUCAUUUGUUUCAAGGUACUGUAUAUCGUUGAUGGGAUGCCAAGCGGGCUUGGUUCAGUGGCUAAGCCCCGCACUGUAUUAUGGUGUGAUGUUGAUCUCAGCCUGAUCCCAACACCAGAGCUCUCAGAGACUUGAAUAAAACUGUCAUAAUGGUCA